AUGGCGUCAAUGGAGAUCAUGACGGUACCUCCGGCGUCUGCAGGGGUAAAGAAACUGGUGUGUCGCGUUUGCCAAAAAGGAUUUACUAAAGCCGAACAUCUAAGAAGAAUCCGUCGGCUGACCGGAAAUGGCUAUACAGACACCGGAUCUAAGCCUUAUGUCUGUAAGGAAUGUCGCCGGCCGUUCGCCCGGCAGGAUGCCCUUACUCGGCAUGAGAAGUUGCAUCAGCGUGAUAUGAACGCAAAGGAUGGCCCAAGUUCAGCCUCAGUUCCCCCAUCUGCAUCUCUAGAUUCAAUGGCUUCGUGGGAAUCAAGCAGUGCGUCCCCAGCGGGCCCAGCUUCUACUUCUGCGACUAGUAGGUCAUGGGAUGAGUCCCAAUCUGUGCAUCAUCCCGGCAUGCACAAUGUUGCAUCCGACAUGGAUUUCGCUCUGGUCUGGCCAGACUCGGAGAAUCUAUUCCAGAGUCUCAUGUCUUCAGAUACCACUGAUCAAUGGCAGAUGCCGUUGGGGACACUACCAUUCCCGCCCGUCGUACAGGACAUUAAUGGCAUGAACUUUGGAUCGCCCAAUUCAUUUGACGAUCGCAGUUCAUCGAUCGGCGCUAUUCCCUCUGGUGGUGGACACCAGGCCGUGCGGGAUGUGACGGAAAUGAUCAAUAGCUCGUCCUCAAGCGUCACCGCUGCCGUCAAAGCCACCUCCAUCACAUCCGUCUUUCUAGAUGAGUGUCUUCACAUGUUCUUUGUCCGUUUCAUCCCAACAUUCCCUAUACUACACCGAGCUACCUUUGUAUUCCGAGAAUGCACUCAUGCCCUACUCCUCAAUGCCAUCGCCAUAGGCUCCUUGUAUCUUGGCCCUAGUGAUGCUGUUGCAAAAGGAGAAGCUUUAUGGCGGCUUGCACAUACUGCUAUCGCCACCUCAUGGCAAUCCUUAAUCACCCAUAACGGCCCUUAUGACACGUGCAAGGGUGUGCAGUUGAUGAUCACUGCACUUCUCGGUCAAAUAUACGGAGCACUAUCCAGGAAUCGUGCAGUUCGGACCACAAGCCAAGUGUUCCGCCCAUUAGGCUUCUUCUGGGCUCGGCACUGUGGAAUGUAUGACAGUGAGCCCUACUCGAUGGAGAACCUGCCUUCCAACGAUGCUCCUGCUGCUGAAAAAGAACACCAGUGGCGGAUAUGGGCUGCGCGGGAAAUACAGCAGCGUGCUUUGCUUGCAUACUACGUGCUUGAUGGUCUUGUAGCCCAAAUGUCUGGUGACGGAGCAUCGGCCCGACAUGUGUCGAAUUCCUUAAUACUCCCUAGCAGCGAACCGGCUUUCGAUGCGAGCAGCCCUGAUGAGUGGUUGGCACAUAUGCACUCGCAAAAACCCGAUCAAUCCUCCUUCCGAGUCGUCUUCCGGUCCUUAUUCCCGCCUGUUGGCAACUUCAGAGCCCUCGACUACCAAUUCUCUGCCUUCGCUCUUCGAGUAGUAUUGGAGGGCCUUCAGUCCUUGAUUUCCGAUGGUGAUGAUCAUGACUUGGCAGUGGGCGUUCCCGGCCAGUCCGAUGUACGCAGAGCAUUGGCUCAAGUUCACGAGACUAUAUCUAUGAGUCUCCAUUUCUCCGCCGCGGAAAGACUAGAGAUACUUUUGCGCUGGCACACUGUCUGCCUGGAUACAAUGGUCAACUCAACAGUUUUAUCCCGUCAUGUCUGUUCCCGUUGGGACAUUCCACAAUAUGUAUCUGGUGGUUGUCGAACAACCCGGCCCGGGUUUGACCUCAUCAAAUGGGCCAACACCGAGGACGCAAGGCGAGCAGUACUCCACGCCGUCGCUAUUCAAGAUAUCAUCGAGCAGUUGCCUCGUGGCCGUGCACAUGUCGUGCACAUGCCAAGCUCCCUGUUUGCUGCUGCUACGAUUUAUGUUGUGUUUACUCUUGCCGGAAUAACUACCAUCAAUCUCCCCCGAACUAUUGUUUGGCAGGAUGCUUUGCUAUCCCAUUCAGAUCUUCAUCUAGGUCACGAUGAUAUUCGUCCCCCGUCUGGCUCGGAAACACGGCGUUUCGUCGCAACAGACCAAGGAAUACCCCCUGUUUUCGCCGGCGGUGCUGUUCGUAAUCUUCUUUACGAGCUAAAUUCCAUUCAAAAGCUUUUCCGUUGUCUUUCAUCACAAUGGGGAAUCGCCCAUGACAUGGAAGAUAUUGUCGCUCAAUGGAUUCAACUUUGCCAUUAA